AACAAUCCCUCCCAACAAGAACAAGAAGAUGGAGGUUAAUGGUAACGUAGUUAUGGAGAAGAAAACAAUAGCUAGUAGAGCACAUUGUUUGGUACUAGCAUACCCAGCACAAGGUCACAUAAAUCCUAUGAUUCAAUUCUCAAAGCUUUUGGUACAUGAAGGAGUGAAAGUGACAUUAUGCACAACCCGCUCCUUCAUCAAGAAGUUGCAAAACUUGCCACCUUCCAUGUCCCUUGAAUCCAUCUCUGAUGGAUUUGACAACGGUGGGAUUCAAGUAGCUGAAUCCGUCAAGGCCUAUUUGGACAAGUUCUCGCAAGUGGGCCCACAAACCCUUAUUGAGCUUCUUCAGAAUCUUGCUCAAUUAGGGUACCCUGUAGAUUGCAUAAUCUAUGAUGCACUCAUGACUUGGGUUCUUGAUGUUGCAAAAAAAGUUGGCAUAAUUGGAGCUUCUUAUCUUACUCAAAAUAUGAGUGUGAAUAGCAUAUAUUAUCAUUUUCAAUUGGGUAAGAUUAAGGUUCCUAUUAGUGAUGAGGAUGAGAUUUUGCUUCCUUCUAUGCCCAAACUUCAAAAGUGGGACUUGCCUUCUUUCUUCUUCACAUAUGAGGAAGAACCCGCUCAGUUUAAGUUUCUUGUGGAUCAGUUCUCCAACAUUCAAAAUGCUGAUUGGGUCUUGUGCAAUUCAAUCUAUGAGCUCGACAAAGAGAUUGCUGAAUGGACAACAAAGAUUUGGCCAAAAUUUAGAUCUGUAGGUCCAAACAUACCAUCUAUGAUCUUAGAUAACCGGAUUAAAGAUGACCAAGAUUAUGAAGUUGCACAAUUCAAGCGUGAAGAUUGCAUAGAAUGGCUAGACAACAAGCCAAAGGGGUCAGUUAUUUAUGUUUCAUUUGGAAGUAUCGUUCCCCUUAACGAGGAACAAAUGGGAGAAAUCGCUUAUGCUUUGAGAGAUAGUAAUCAUUAUUUUUUGUGGGUGGUUAGAGCUUCUGAAGAGAAUAAACUACCAAAAGAUUUUGAAAAAAUAUCGGAAAAGGGUUUGAUAGUAACAUGGUGUUCCCAACUAAAAGUUCUACAACAUGAAGCUAUAGCAUGUUUUGUAACACAUUGUGGUUGGAACUCUACAUUAGAAACAUUGAGUUUAGGAGUUCCAACUAUUGCAAUGCCACAGUGGUCAGAUCAAGCCACAAAUGCAAAGUACAUUGUUGAUGUUUGGAAAGUUGGAAUUAGAGCUCCAUUUGAUGAUGAUAAGAAGAAAAUUGUGAGAAGAGAAGCAUUGAAAAAGUGCAUCAUGGAAAUGGUGGAUGGUGAACAGGGUAAAGAGAUAAAGAAAAAUGCAACCCAGUUGAAGAAAUUGAUUUUGGAAGCUGCUAGUGUUGGGGGAAGUUCUCAUGGAAACAUUUUAGAAUUUGUCAAUAGUUUGCAAGGUACAACAUGCGGCUAAUUUUUUAAAAUAUUGACCGAAUUUUAAUGUAAUACUUAAUUAUUAAGUUUUAUAAUAUUUUUUAGAAUUUUAGAGGUGUAUUAUAUUUUUAAUAUUUAAAUAUACAAUAUACAAAUUAUGUAUUGUUUUCUUUUUAAAAUUUUAGAAUCGAAUAAUUGA